UUUACAUUCCCCUGAUCAGGGACGCAUAUGACUCUAGCGUGGCUUUAAGGAGUGCUGUGUCGACACGAAUAUGGCAUUCGUUGCCUGUCUCUAUUGGAGCUCCCUGUUUUUUGUAGCUGCUCUUGCAGUCCCACGCUCUUCUGCUAACUCGCGCCGCAUGCCAUCUACCAAGGUACGUUUGGCAGGAAUCAGACACAGAGACAGCGAAGGCCGCAUUGAAGUUCUGCACAACAGUACAUGGGGAACUGUGUGCGAUGAUGAAGUGGACAUUAAACUGGCAAAUGUGGUUUGUAAAGAACUAGGUUUCCGGGGGGCCAUCACAUGGGCACACAGUGCCAGAUAUGGAGAGGGAGAUGGUCCAAUUUGGAUGGAUAAUGUACGCUGUGAUGGUUCAGAGAAAUCACUGAAAGAGUGUAAGUCAAAUGGAUGGGGCAUCCAUGAUUGCAAACACUCAGAGGACCUUGGGGUAGUGUGUAAUCCUGAGAGAAGACUAGACCAAGUAGUUUCCGGAGGGCCUAGAACAAGCACUUCUACUAGAAGCAAUGUUACCACCUCAAAUCGCUGGCAUGACAUCUAUUCCAAUUCAAGGGCCUCCUGGCAGAGUCAAUUAUCCAGACAUCAGUCAAAUAAUCCGUCUACCAGUAAAGUAAGGAUUCAUGAAGUCCGUUUGCGACCGGUUUUAAUGGCUACGAAAAAACAUGCCCUAGUGACACAGGGUGUGGUGGAAGUGAAGCAUGCUGGAAGAUGGAGGCAGGUGUGUGACAAAGGCUGGAGUCUGAACAGCAGCAGGGUGGUGUGUGGCAUGCUGGGAUUUCCUGAGGCGGUUCAGCCCAACGUGAAGGCAUACAAAAAAUUAUGGGAUGUAAAGGUUAAGGAUCCAUCAACCCGGCUGAGUUUUAUGGCCAAAAAGAAAAGUUUUUGGGUGGAGAAAAUGCACUGCCUUGGUACUGAGCCCAGCCUGGCAGAGUGUCAUGCCCAGCUCUCCAUUCCCCACAGUUCCACCCCAUGUAAAAAUGGACGCUAUGCUGUGGCCCACUGCAAACCAGGACCACAAUUUUCACGCAUGUUUUCAGGAAAGCCUCAAGCCCCACUUGCUCCAGCAGUGCGUUUGAAGUCAGGACCACGCUUGGGUGAGGGCCGGCUGGAAGUUUUGCGUGAAGGAAAGUGGGGAACUGUGGUUGAUCAUCUGUGGAAUCGUGUCUCUGCUAGUGUGGUGUGCAGAGAACUGGGUUUUGGGACUGCCAAAGAGGCCCCUACAGGAGCCUACAUGGGCCAAGGAACUGGGCCAAUCCAUAUGAAUUCAGUUCAAUGUACAGGAAGAGAGCGCUCCAUCUUUGAUUGCCAGUUCCAGCCAGUCCAGCCCUGGACAUUCAAACAUACCCAAGAUGCAUCUGUCAGAUGUAACGUUCCCAAAACAGGUUUGGAGACCACAGUGCGAUUAGUAGGAGGCAGAGAUGUUGCAGAAGGCCGCGUGGAAGUGCUCAUGGAUGUUGGGGGAAGGAAGCGCUGGGGAACAGUGUGCAGUGAGAACUGGGGCAUUAAUGAGGCAAUGGUAGUGUGCAGACAGCUGGGCUUUGGUUUUGCGGCUCGUGCCCAUCAGGACACAUAUUACUGGCCUGGGGACCCUGAGGCUCAGGAAGUACUGCUGAGUGGGACUCACUGUGUGGGCACUGAACUGUCUAUUCAGCAAUGUCGCAGAAACAGCAAUGUAUACUGCCCCCGUGGAGGAGGACCUAAAGCAGCCGGAGUCUCCUGCUCAGAAAUUGCCCCAGACUUGGUGGUGGAUGCACAGCUGGUGCAGGAGUCUGCAUAUCUAGAAGAUCGUCCACUUCACCUGCUUACCUGUGCCCAUGAGGAGAACUGCUUGUCUUCUUCAGCCAGUCGCAUGAACUGGCCUUAUGGUCACCGGCGUUUGCUGCGUUUCUCCUCCCGCAUCAUGAACCUGGGGAGAGCUGACUUUAGGCCAAAAGCAUCACGAGAAUCCUGGACAUGGCAUCAAUGCCACAGGCAUUACCACAGCAUUGAAGUCUUUACACACUAUGACCUUCUCACGAUGAACGGAACCAGAGUGGCAGAAGGCCACAAAGCCAGCUUUUGUCUGGAGGACACUUUUUGUCCUGAAGGACUUCAGAAACGCUUUUCAUGUUACAACUAUGGAGAUCAAGGAAUUUCCGUGGGCUGUUGGGAUACAUAUCGUCAUGAUAUUGACUGCCAGUGGGUCGAUAUGACAGAUGUCAGACCAGGAGAUUAUAUCUUCCAGGUAGAAGUAAAUCCAUCUUUGGAUAUGGCUGAGUCAGACAACAUGAAUAAUGUAAUGCGCUGUAGGUGUCGAUAUGACGGUUACAGAGUCUUCAUGUAUGGUUGUCAUACAGGAGAUGCCUAUAGCGCUGAAAUAGAGGACUUGUUUGAACACCAGCGUCAGAUCACUAAUAACUUUCUCUGAGGUCUGUGCUGUUCAGACAGCACAUGCUGUGACCUGUGACACUAUGGACAUUUAAAAAAGCAUCAUCACUUUACUAUUUACUGUUAACAAACAAAAAAUAACACAAAAAAUUCAGAAACUCAGUGCUAUCCAGUUACUGCAAAUGACUAAAAGGGGAGAAGAUUUAUUUAUAAUGUUUUUGAAAGGUGGUGAAUGGAAAAUAAUAACGAUAUAAGUUCUACUGGGUUUAGGUUUAGACAUAUUUUAUACAUUUUUAUCUGAACAUAUCAAUUGAAUCUUAUUUAUUGGGUUCCAAAACAGUGAAAUUGAUCACAAUAUGUUCAGUUAUUUUUUUAAGUGUUGCACUUUAUUUAUUGAUCAUCAGUAUUCUUAUAGAAAUUACCCGAUUGUUAUCACAGGGUCAGUUUAGUGGUCUUUUUCCCCCCUAGUUGUCUUAUUCAGUAUUUACUCCCUCUCAUAUGUUUCUCUCUCUCCCCCCCCCCCCCCCCAUCCAUGAAGCUAUUGAAUUUGGGAAGUUCCUGAAGUGGUUAUACCUUAUUAUAGGCAUUGUACAGUGUAAACUGCAACUUAAUUUAUUUAAUGCUUUGUUGAGCUCACUUUAUAUUUGAAAAGAGGAAAGCUUAUUGUGUUAAUCCUUAAAUUGAAUAAACAUGUAUGAUAUGUAGUUACUGCUUUAAGUUAAAAAAACAUCGUGCCAACCCCUUAACCCAUCGGGAGCCUGAAACGAAAGAACCAGUGCAUGCUGCAUAUUGUUCACAAUGUUUAGCCUUACUUAAUGGAAUUUUAUGGACAGGUUUAAAAGGAGAGUGUAAGAAAUGAAAACUAAAUAGAGAAAAAUUAAAUAUUGUUGCACUGUUCAAAGGCUCAGAUGCAUGGCAUUUUACUAUGAUACAUAAUCUUGGGUCCUUUAUUUGGCCUAGAUUAAAUGUUUGGCAAAGAUGUAUUCAUUGAUGGAGAAACACAUAUAUUAAUGAGUAUUAUAUUAUUAUUUUACAGCUAUGAAUCUUUGACCUCUUUUUACCUCAGUAGGCUCCCUUUAAUUAAAUUUACUAGCAGCCAGUAACUGUAUAAACAUUUUAGACUAUAACCUAUAACUGUACUUCUCAAUGGCAUUUUAGAGUUUUUUUCUUGAAAGAUUUUAUGUUUAUGUUUAUGUAUUUAUGUGAACGUUUAUAAAGCUUAAAAAAUGGGCUUAUAUAAAUUGGCUAUGGAUUUAGGUGUCAUGUUUUAAAAGUUGCCAAAUGACUUACUGUUAUUUUCUUACUGUAUUGACUAGCUCUCAUCACACAAUACUGUAUUUCAACCAUAAGAAAACUGUGUUUAAUGUUGCUAGGAAAGUUUUUUUUAUAUCAUACCAAAUGUACACUUUUACUAAAACCAAAACUCUGUCCCCAACACAGUCUAAACUAAUGCUUUUUAUCCCAUUUGCUCUCAGGGAUGAACAGUUGCUUUACUGGGUUUUGUUUCAUGUUCUUGACAAAUUUUUGGUCAGAUUAAAGGUUCUGAAGCAUACCGAAAUGAUUGAAAAUCAAACCAUUUUGGAUGUUGUGAAUCCAGAGUGCUGAUCCCCCCCCCCCCCCCCC